AAAUAAAAAAACCUUGGUAACAACACCUUACUCAUAGAGACCCCUCAAAAUUUAUAUACUUACCAGGUCAUGCAACUUAUCACCACAUUAUCACUGUCAAUUAUCACGAUUAUUUUGUUUGCAUGCAUAUAUUGUCUACAUAUUCCAAUUAAAAUACUAACUUGAUAACAUUAAUUAAUACCUUAUUUAUGUUGGUGAAAACGGGUCAAAAACAGUUAAAGCUGUGUGCUUCAUACCUUUGCCUAAGUUGUGAUAAAUAAAAAAACUGAAAUGUCAAAAUAUUGUACAUAAACAAACUUAUAACCUACAAAUGACUUCAUCCCGAGAUUUUAGUGAUAAUAACAGAUAAUGUAUUAUGUCUUGAAUAGUUUUAUUUAUCAAAUGCAACAUUAACACAUUAUAUUCUAACACUUAAUUCAAAUCCCGUUUUGAUGCAAAAUGUCGAUAUAUUUUUUUCAGUUAAUGUUGUUUAGUGGUUGUGUACAAAUAUUUACGUUUUACGCCUAUUUGGUAUAUUACAGCGAUGUAUUAACAACUACAUAUUUUCAAGAUCUCCAACCAGAGUAUGACUUCAUUAUUGUUGGUUCUGGUACUGCUGGUUCAGUCAUAGCUCAUAGACUAGCAACAGAAACAAACUAUACCUUCAUAGUGCUUGAAGCAGGAAGUAAGGGCAAUGCAUUGCUUGAGGCACCAGUGUUUGGCCCAUUCUUCCAUGGCUCUGUGUUUGACUGGCAGUUUGAGACUGUGCCUCAGAAAUAUGCUUGUUUUGCUAUGAAAGACAAAAAAUGCAAAUUAGCCCAAGGCAAGAUUAUGGGAGGCUCUUCAAAAAUGAAUAACAUGAUACACAUAAGAGGUAACAUUUCCCAUUAUCAUGACUGGUUCCACGGUUUACACAGAGAAGAAUAUAUUAAAAAACAAUUUGAGUUUAUUGAAAAUGAAAUUUUGCAUCUUAGUAAUGUACAAUAUGAUAGUGAAUUGGCUGAAGCAAUUUUACAUGCUGCCAAGGAAUUAAAUUAUGAAACAUUAGAUGUAAGUCAUAGUUUAGGAUUUAAGAAAACAAUUGUCAGUCAGAAAAAUGGUAAAAGGUGGUGUAUAUCAGAUAAUCUUAAUAGUCAAAAAGUUAUUUCUAAUGCUUUAGUAGAAAACAUAAUAUUUAAUGGCAACACAGCAAAAGGGGUUAGCUUUUCACAAUCUGGUAAAAAGCAUAAAGUGUAUGCUAAGAAAGGUGUCAUUUUAUCAGCUGGGACAAUAAACUCACCAAAAAUUCUUCAACUAUCAGGUAUUGGGCCUAAAAAUCGGUUGAAAUCCUUAGGUUUGCCAGUCAUAAAAAAUCUACCAGUUGGUAGAAAUCUUCAGGAUCAUAUAGGUUCUGGAUUAGACUUAGUUCUGUUCAACAAGAGUGUAUCAAUAACUGCUAAUGAUAUGGUAGACCUAUUCCAUGUUUUCCAAUACUUUUGGAACGGCAAAGGUCCCUGGACAACUCCAGGAUGUGAAGCUAUAGGGAUGCUAUCUACAAAAAACCUUAAAACACCUGAUAUUCAAUUCAUGGUGUUGCCAGUUGGACUUUCAUCUGACAGAGGUAGUUUAUUAAGAAGCACUGUUAAUAUAGCUGAUGAUGUCUGGGAUAAGUAUUUUUCAAAAACAUUUGAAAGCUACGUAACUACAAUUUUUCCCGUAAUAUUGCACCCUAAAAGUAAAGGCCGUGUCUAUAUUAAUAGUACUGAUCCUACAUUACCGCCGUUGAUAAACCCUAAGUAUUUAUCGCAUAAGGAAGAUCGAGAAACUUUGAUAAAUGGCCUUAAAUUAGUUAGACAAUUUGUGAAUUCUAAGGCUAUAAAGGAUAUUGGCGGCUACAUAAAUCCCAACCAUUUCCCUGGAUGCGAUGAUUUUGAAAUAUUCACAGAUUCAUACCUUGACUGCUACAUAAAACAUUUAACUCUGACGAGCUACCAUCCAGUAGGUACUUGUUCUAUGGGGCUACCAGACUCGAAAAAUACUGUAGUAGAUACGUCAUUCAGAGUCUUAGGUGUUAAGAACCUUUUUGUUGCUGAUGCUUCAGUGUUGCCAACAUUACCUAGUGGCAAUAUUAAUGCAGCCAUAGCAAUGAUGGCUAGUGUGUUUUUUGAUACAAAUAUUAAACCGAAAAGAAACAUUCCAUUAUGUUAUAAGAGAGAUUACCUAAAUAAUUAUUUGUUAAAAACUUGUUUUGUUAUGUAAAGAAAAUAUGAAAUUAUUUAUUAUUAAUUAAAUUACAACAAGAAAGACUGAACUGAAUUUGUGCAUCGUAACUAAGUACUUUUAAUAUUUAUUGUUGAAUAUAGCUUAAUAUAAAUAUUGGAAGUAGGUAUGCAGUAUCCUGUAGGUAAAUCCUAAUAUUAUUAAACCAGUUGUACAGUGAGCAGCAAAACGCGAUGAUCAAAGUCAGAUAAACAUGUGCCAUGAAUAUUUAGCGACCCCUACAAAAUUGGGGUUCAAUACUUACCCGGUAUUGCAGUUAUUUCACUUGUUACCUAGUUCCAGUAAACGAUUGCAUGUAUUACGCUGGUCCUUCUAAAUACGCCAGUGUUCAUUGAUUUUCGUUGCUAACUGUACAUGUAAGAAUAAAACAACAAAUAUAUUUAAACACUUUAUUGAAUGUAUUAAGGACACUUCUAAACAUGAAAUCGCAGAUAUGUUUUGAGCGGCAAUUCCAAGACAACCAUUGGUAUUACAAUAUUAAAUAAUUUGACAUGAAAUAAAAUAUUACAAUCUUUCAAGACACAUUCGUUACUUUUU